AAUAAAUUUAUAUUUUAUUCUUUAUCUGUAUUUAUUCUAUCCUCAAUCCUUAUUCCUUGCGUUUGUACUGUUUGUAGUUUUUCAAAUUUUAUAAUAAUAAUAAUUAUAAGUUUAUAGUAAAAUUUGAUUGGAAUUAUGUCUAUUAAAAUGUCUGAUAAUGAUUCACUAAAUGUUGGUAAUACUUAUAAAGUGGCAAACAAUGGUCAACUUAUUAAACUAGAAUCAAAUAUUCUUGGUGCACAAACUUUGAUCGUAACUGAUGAUGAUGGAUCUCUUGAAUCUGUUGAUGAACAACCUACUGCCGCUGUCAUAGAAAACGGAAACGUAACUGGAAUUGUUAUGAGUAAAACCAAUGAUACAAACAUUACACAAUAUGAGCUUAGACCAAACAAUAAUCCUACUCAGUUUUUUGUUGUACAACCAAUUAACGAUUUAUUUACAACUACAACAACUGUUAAAAGACCUAUUGUACCUCUCAAUAGUGAAGUGUCCAGAAAACGAGUAGAUCGUACUGUUGUAACAAGGGAUGCUAAAAGACGAUUGACACACAAUGAAGUAGAACGUCGAAGACGUGAUAAAAUAAACCAAUGGAUAAUGUAUAUGAGCAAAAUUAUACCAGAUUGUGCUGAAGAAAACAAGACUAAUUAUGAUAACCAGAGUAAAGGAGGAAUUCUAGCAAAAGCAUGCGAUUAUAUUAAUGAAUUAAAAUCAACUAAUCAAAGAUUGAUGGAUUGUGUAAAACAAAUGGAGGCUGUUAGUAGACAUAAUGAUGAACUAAGGAUGGAAAAUGAAGAAUUAAGAGGAAUUUUAUCACAACAUGGAUUAUUAUCUGAAAGUUUUGUUUCGAGAGAUGGUGAUUCUUCGUGAGAAUUAUUAGAAGUUAUAAAUUGUGUUAAACUGAUUUAAACUUCAUUUUUGUUACUAUAUUUAAAACUUUCAUAAUACCGAAAAGACCAAUGUUUUACUAUUUAUGUUUAAAAUUUUAAAUGUUUUCAAUAAUAUUAAUAUAAA